AUGAAGAUAAUCGUGUGCUUGCUGGGUGUGGCCCUAAUCUUGCUUGUUCCGCUUGCACGUGCCGAUCCGGGUGCUGUCGGAGUGCAGGAUGCUAGGAAAGCGCGAGCACCGGCCAGUGGUGCUACCGGAUAUAAUACCAUUGCACCAGCAGAUAGUGAAACGUUGAGUAAACUACAGAACCAGGUGGCUCCGACGGUGCAGAUCCCCAGCAAACCAACCACGACGAUUAAAGCACCCGAAACGGCAUCAGCAUUCCACACCGUUUCUCCACCAAGUCUGGCCAAUCCUUACCUCCGGCAACCAUCGCAAGCUGUUGCUCCAGGACUUACCCAAGGUCAAUACUAUGUGGCCGUUAUGCCACAGGCCACCGGAAAUCAUAUGCUCGCUCCAGCGACGACUCCACUGAUCAUGCAGUACAUCAACCCGCAAGGACAACCGACUGGAGGGUUACAAUACAUCCAACUGCUUCGUCCUGUCGUCUAUCCUCAGUACAGCAACCAACAGUACAUCCAUCCUGGGUAUCUGCAGCAGCAAUCGCAUCAACAACAGCCACAAUCCGUCAAUCCCCAUUCUGCACAUGGCCUCACGUCGAGUCCGUACACCGUCUCGCCCACUCCUUCUCCUGCGACAACGACGACGCAGUCUGCAUUCUUACCAUUCCAACCAGCCGCCGCUCUACAGCAACCUUCCGUCCCUCAGUAUGCAUCCGCUCUCCCAACGACCCAUUACGGUCAACCGCAGCCCCAGUAUAGCAAUGGGCCCGUGGGACAGUACUCCAGCCCCGUUCUUUCCUACUAUCCACACCGUUUCCUGAUCAAUCCGUCCUCCGAGCUGAACUUCAACACGAACGAGUAUGUUCCAUCGCAUGGCGAUGGAGUGUACAUGAAAGGCAUCAAAAGCAUUCGUGCUUAA